GUUUUUCAGAAUACUAUUCAAAGAACAACCUUGAUUUUCUAAAUGGAGAAAGACAGCUUGCACCGAACAAUUUUUCCUUAUAUUUGUGAAAAGACAGAAUUCGUUAAUCUUCUUUAAAUAAUAAAUCAGGAUGCAAAGUGAUGAAGUUUAUAUUGGCAACUUAGUUCUAUCGACAACCCUUAAAGAAUGCGAUACGAAUCACACGGGGCUUAAGGGUUCCUGCCCACCGGUAUGGGACAAUAUGCUUUGUUGGCCAUCCGUGGGGGGUGGAAAGACAGCUUGGAUGUCUUGCUGGCAAGUCUGGCAGCACUAUUCUUCCCUGGAUGUCAAGCAAGUCGCUUUUCCACCAGAGGCCAAAGCAUACAGGAUAUGUGGUAAUGAUGGAAACUGGCUUUUGGGGAACUGGACUAACUACAGUGAAUGUGAGAAUUUUACAACGGAUAGCCCAAAAGCUCCCUUGACAGUGAGCCUUAUUCUAUUGAUUUGCUCUUUGAUAUCGCUGCUUUUCUUAACUGUAACCAUCUUCAUCUUCUUUUAUUUCAAAUCUCUGCAAUGUUCCAGGCUUCGCGUUCAUCGGAACCUUGUUGUAGCUCUCAUAAUCCAUGCAUUGAUGCUAGUAGUCAUCACUUUACCUGUUGUAGGAGAAUCAAGUAUACCUUCAUACAGGGAGAUAAACUGGCUUUGCAAAGCCCUCCUUUCAGUGAAGAUGUAUGCAGCUUUAUCGAGUAUCAACUGGAUGUUCGUUGAAGGAAUGCUCCUGCACAGCCGGAUAACCACCAACAUAUUCCAAAAAGAUGCUCCGUUCAAGCUUUAUUAUCUCAUUGGAUGGGGAAUACCUUUUAUCGUAAUCCUAUCGUGGUGUUACGUGAUGAGCACGGAGUUGAACACAGAUUGCUGGGAAGGCUACGGAAGGUCCCUUUAUGUAUGGAUUAUUACUGGUCCAAUGAUAGGAGCGCUGGGAAUUAAUUUUAUCUUCUUAAUCAAUAUUGUGCGUAUUCUGGUGACAAAAAUGAAGACUAGUUCAACUUUUGAAAUUGUUCAAAUAAGACGAGCAAUGAAAGCCACUGCAUUGCUCUUCCCGCUCUUGGGCAUCACCCACUUGCUGUUCUGCGUGAACCCGCGAGACGACAGCAAACUGGAAGAAGCCUACAUGAUCACGAACGCCACUCUGCAAUCUUCGCAGGGAAUUUUCGUGUCAAUCCUGUAUUGUUUUAUGAAUGUUGAGGUGCAGACGGUUUUGCGCAAGGCGUACGUAAGGGCCGCUCUGCGUCGUAACCCCAACCACCGCUACACCUGGAAGUCGAGGGCAUCCCAGACCAGCACCUACGUCUCCAACUGCGACACAACCACCACCGUUGGAUCCAUGUCGGUCUACAUGUCCAGGGACGGAAGACACUUCGAAGCGCGAAAACUGGUGCCGGCUCGAAGGUGGGACCUCAACUUCAUGAACGCUAGUGAAGUGUAAGAAGUUUUAUAUGGUGACUGGAUGAACUCUGCUAAAGCAUCAAACUUGAAUAUCAUCUUCUGCACAGUACACCAAUUUUCGUUCAAAAACCGAUUGGAAAAGUGGCGUUGAGAAAUAUGUGCAUGAUAUUUUCAGCAGCUUCAUUAAAAACAUUGCGCAAAAUUUUUCUUAUUUUUUCCCCAUUAUCAGCAU